AUGAAGAAUUUCACUGCUGCUGUCACGGCUGUGGCAGGCGUCGCACUCUUUGCAGAGGCUGUUUAUGCUCAACUGCCCCCUAUUGUCAUCAAGGGCUCCAAAUUCUUCUAUGAAAACAAUGGCACCCAAUUUUACAUGAAAGGCGUGGCCUAUCAAGAGGAGUUCCUAGGAAAUGGCAGCACCUCCACCACCAACGGCUCAGACAACUAUGUAGAUCCUCUUGCCGACGCUGCCAAAUGCCAAAGAGACAUCCCAUUCCUCAAGGAGUUGGGCACCAACACCAUUCGUGUCUAUGCCAUUGACCCCACCGCAAAUCACGACGAAUGCAUGCAAAUGCUCACAGAUGCUGGCAUCUAUGUUAUCGCCGAUUUGUCCUCUCCUGGCAAUUCCAUCAUUCGAGACUCCCCCACAUGGAAUGACGACUUGUAUGCACGCUACACCUCCGUCAUCGAUGUCAUGGCCAACUACACCAACACCAUGGGUUUCUUUGCUGGUAAUGAGGUGUCCAACAACGCCACCAACACCGAUGCAAGCGCCUUUGUCAAAGCUGCCGUUCGGGAUAUGAAGGCAUAUAUCAAGCAACAAAACUACCGCGCCAUUGGUGUUGGAUAUGCCACAAAUGAUGAUGCCGAGAUCCGGGAAGACCUGGCCAAUUACUUCGACUGCGGUGACCGUGAAGAUGCCAUUGACUUCUGGGGGUACAACAUCUAUUCGUGGUGUGGCAACUCCAGUUUCCAGGAAUCAGGCUUCGAUGUUCGCACCCAGGAAUUCGAGAACUACAAUGUCCCUGUCUUCUUCGCCGAAUAUGGUUGCAACGAGGUUCAACCCCGUAGAUUCACCGAGGUCGAGGCUCUAUAUGGACCUGAUAUGAAUGGAGUUUGGUCUGGUGGCAUUGUCUACAUGUACUUCCAGGAAGCCAAUGAUUACGGUCUCGUCACCAUUGAUGGAAAUUCCGUCAGCACUUUGGCUGAUUUCAACUUCCUCGCCACUCAAAUCGCCAAUGCCAAUCCCACCGGUGUCAACUCGGCCAGCUAUAACCCUACCAACACUGCUGCUGCUCAGUGCCCGGAUGUCAACAGUGCCUGGCAGGCGUCAUCUGAGCUUCCACCUACACCCAACCAGGAGCUCUGUGAAUGCAUGUUCGCCGCCUUGACCUGUGCGCCCAACAAUGUCGAUACCGAGGAGAUUGGUGAUCUCUUCGGUGUGGUUUGCGGUCUGUCCGAUGGUGUCUGCGACGGUAUCACGGCCAAUGGCACAUCUGGUACUUAUGGCGCUUAUGGCAUGUGCAAUCCAACCCAGCAGCUCGGAUGGGCUCUCAACACCUACUAUGAGAGCCAACGAUCCAGUGGCAAUGGAGCCAAUGCAUGCGACUUCUCCGGAUCAGCCACGAUUCAGACUCCAGUUACUCCAACUGGAACUUGCCAGCAGCUCAUCCAACAAGCCGGUAGUGGCGGCACUGGAACAGUCACCUCAGCACCCAGCGGUACCGGAGGUUCCGGAUCUGGUGGCUCCGGAUCUGGCUCCGGAGGUAGCUCCAGCUCCAACGCAGGCGUUCCCGGAUUCUCCAGUCCAAUUUACAUGGGCUUCAUGGAAGUUGCAUUGUGCCUCUCAAUCGCGGUAGUGUCUGGUGCGGGAAUGAUCUUGUUGUAA